UUCAUCAUCUACCCAAAUGUCAUUUCUUUCUCUUACAAACCCAGUACCAGUAGUAGCUCAAAUAAACAUCAUUAACAAUGUUGUACAUCCUUCAAAAACACAUAUUUUAUCUUUUCAUCAAACUCAAAAUCCAUCUCUUUUCAUUCAAGUUAGAUCCAUCUCCUCCUCCUCCUCCUCCUCAGUAUUUGUAUCACUCAUAUCUCCAAAAAUCAGAACUCUUCUUCUUCAUUUGUAGUUUCUUAUCUGAUGGAUUCAUGUGGAUUUUCAAUAUAUGAAGCUAUCACUGCUUCAAAAGAACUCAAUUUCAAAACCACUCUAAAACCAGAUUCAAUCCUAACCCUACUUGAAACUUAUGGAUUCACCAAACCCCACAUCUCAAAACUCAUCAAUAAAGAUCCAUCACUACUUUUAUCUAAACCUGAUAAAACCCUUAAACCAAAGCUUGAAUUUUUCAACACUAAAGGACUUUCUGGGAUUGACCUUGCCAAGUUCAUUUCUGCAAACCCAUCAAUUUUGAAAUGCAGCUUACAGAAUAAAAUUACACCUUCAUUUGGUAUGCUCAAUAACAUUUGUCAGGCCGAUGAACGUGUAAUCGGUGCUGUUAAGCGGUGUUCGGUACUUCUUAGGAUUGAUUUGAAUAAAAGUAUGAUGCUGAACAUUGAGCUUUUGAGAAAUGUAGGUGUGCCUGGUGAAAAAAUCACUUGGUUUCUUGUAUCCCAGCCAAGAACGCUUACUAUUUCGCAUGUUCGGUUUACUGGAAUUGUAGAAAGGGUUAAGGAAAUGGGGUUUGAUCCUUUAGAAAGUACAUUUCUUCAUGCCCUGCAAGGGCUGACAGCAAGGAAAUCAACUUGGGAAGCAAAAUUGAACUUGUUUAGGAGGUUGGGCUUGUCGGAAGGAGAAAUUCGCAGCGCAAUUAAGAAACAACCCAUGUGUAUGAGGGUGUCUGAGAAGAAGAUAGUGUUGGUAAUGGAUUAUCUUGUGAAUCAAAUGGGUUAUAGUGCAUUGGUUAUAGCUCAAUUUCCACAAAUUCUUACUUAUAGCUUGGAGAAGAGGAUUGUACCGAGGUGUUGUGUUAGCCAGAUUUUGAUCUCCAGGGGUCUGGUUAACUAUCAAAUUCCCCUGACUUCACUUUUAAUAAUGGCUGAGAAGGCAUUUGUGGAGAAGUUUGUGAUCAAGUUUGAGAAAGAAGCUCCGGAACUAUUGACCCAAGGGGCAUAUGCGGGACUCCUGACAGCUGACCGAGUUAAAGAUUGAGUGUUCCCAUUUAGCAUGGCUAUUUAUAUAUGGCUUAAUGGAGCAAUUGUUGAAUGUGAAAAAAUCAUUAGAAACUUCUUAUGGUUUGGUAAUCCAGAACAAAAGAGAACUCGUCACUAUUGGUGGGGAGUCUGUUUUGUACUCCUCAAGAUGAAGGUAGGUUGAGCAUUAGAAGACUUGAAGAUGUAAUGAUAAGAGAAAUCAGUGGAUCAAAUAUUAUAGGCAGUCUUUCAGUUGGCCUGGGCUAAUGUGGGUACUUCAGGAUUUGGCAGCUGACAGUGGGGAAUGGUACCAGAAUCUUUGUUUGGGAUGAUAAAUGGAUGCAAUCAUUGAUUCGUCUCCUGGUAAUGAUUCUAUAAACAUGGUCCUGAUAUGAAGGUUACUGACUUGAUUGUGGAUCAGCAGUGGCAAAUUCUUUGUGAAUUAUUGAAUUUCUUUUGAGUGUUAAAUUUUGGAGAUGAUAAAAUGGUGUGAUGUGGACAUCACUCAGGUCAGUUCUCUGUAGCUCAAGCUGUUAGUAGAGUUAGAUUUCAAGGGACUGUUAGGUACUGGCAUAAGAAUAUUUGGGAACCAUGUUUCAAUCCUUCUAUAGCAAGCAACAUCUAGGAAAAUACUAGAGGGGCUUACACUACUCAAGAUCCUUUGGAACGGGCAGUUGCUAAUCGUUGGAGUAGAGCUCUUAUCCAGGCUGUCACUCAUAAUAAGUCACCUUUGAUAUUUUGGAGUAGAUGGCACAAAAUUUGCAGCAGUCUCAUUCAGGUUCGUUUUAGACAGUUUCAGGGUGGUAAAUUUUGCUGCUGACAAGCUAGCCAAAAAAAAAGGGUGUUGCUUUAUGGAGUGGGCAGCAUUGUGCAUAUAGUACUAGGCCGGGUUUUCUUGUCAGUAUUGAAUGUCGAGAUAGAGCAUACUUAAGAUUCAGUUGAGUCCUGUUUUGUGAAGUUUUUGGUUUCUUUUGUCCUCUGAACAAAAUUUUGGUUGUAAAUUGUUAAGUUUUGGCUUUUAAUGAAAUUACUUUAGUAAUUACUAGAUUGAGAA